CCCAAUUAAGCCCAUGGCGUUUCGUUUACAAAACCCCAAUGUUAAGGUCAAAGCUCCCCCCUUCUCUGAAAACCGCCAACACAGCCAGAAUCACAUCCUAUCCAAGCGGCGAAGCACGGCGUGAAUCUGCUAAUUACACCGAAAAUGGCGGACAAGGCUGUCACAAUUAGAACAAGGAAGUUCAUGACAAAUCGCCUCCUCUCGAGGAAGCAAUUCAUCAUCGAUGUGUUGCAUCCAGGAAGAGCUAAUGUUUCCAAGGCUGAGCUGAAGGAGAAGUUGGCUAGGAUGUACGAGGUUAAGGAUACAAAUGCCAUCUUUGUGUUCAAGUUCAGAACACACUUUGGUGGUGGCAAAUCCACUGGCUUUGGCUUGAUUUAUGAUUCUGUAGAAAAUGCUAAGAAAUUUGAGCCAAAAUACAGACUAAUCAGGAAUGGCCUUGACACCAAGAUUGAGAAGUCAAGGAAGCAAAUGAAAGAACGCAAGAACAGAGCGAAGAAGAUCCGUGGUGUCAAGAAGACGAAGGCUGGAGAUGCUGCCAAGGCUGGAAAGAAGAAAUAAGUACUUUAGCAUUUUAUGUAUUUUGUUUUUUGCAUUCUUGAAGAAUAUCAUAAGAGCGUUAGUUUUUAUGAUGUUUAGUUAAAGUGGCGCAGAAAUUUUGAGGUGUUACUUUCAUGUUUGAAAGCUGUGUUGAAUCAAAUUUACCAUCCAUCUUAGAUUAUUAUUCUUUCGGAAUU